AUGCAAUCAAAACAACUUAUUAAUAUAAUUCAUUAUUUAUAUGAUUGUCGUGUUAUUCAUCGUGAUAUAGGUCUACAAAAUUUAAUGUUAGAUCGUGAUAGUAAUCAUAUAAAAUUAAUUGAUUUCGGUUUUGCCAUUGCAUUUAAUACGAAUAACAAGGGAGGAAGCAUACAAAUAAUAGGUCCAUUUACAUAUGCUAGAGUACUGCAACCCGACCCGACCCGCACCCGAGCCCGACCCGCGGGUAUAGAUCAACAAGUCGAUGAAGAAACAACAGAGACAGGUACCAACAACAAUUCCUUAACACAUCAAAAACGUAUUAAAAUAGACACUGUACACGUUGUUCUCAAGUCUUUUAAUGCAUUUGUAGACUCAUCAUCAGACGAUGAUGAUAAGAGGCCGAUGGAUAAAGUAGAUGAUUAUAUUAAAGCGAAAAUAUCAUACCCAAAAGGAGAAUCACUUUUACAACGGUGGUUAUCAUUAUUGGCAUGUUCUCUCUUAGCAGUACCUUCAGGUUCUGCUGUAUCUGAAAGAAUAUUCAGUAAAACAGGUCGGAUUCUUGAAGUUCGACGUCAACAAUUAUCACCAGAAUCACUUGACUCUCUUAUUUUUUUACGAAAUUUUUCAGUUGUUUUUAAUGCUGAUAUCGAACGAAGUAUGAAUGCAAUUAAAAUAUUACCAGAUAUUAACGAGAUAGUAUCAAAGUCAUUGCAAUUAUGGAAAGAUACUAAACGUACAAAUAAACAUUAUUCAAAUUUAUUGAAUUUAAUAGACAAGCUGAAUUCAUGGUAUUCAUUCGACAAAUCAUCAGUUUUUGAUAUUUCAAACGAUCAAUCAGUUGAAUUAGAUCAACCAUCGAUUUCUAAUGCUUCAAAACACCAAUCAGAUCAAUCAGCAAUUUUUGAGGUUAUAAAAGAUGAAAUAGAAAAGCUUUUCGAUUUGUGA